AUGGCGUCCUUUCAUGGUAGCGGCAGAUCCAGCCAAUCUCCCUUGAGGUUACAACAUGUCCUGCUAUGUCUGUUCUUGUGCUGUUGCCCUCCUGCUUCGUCCCUCAACAUUCACAACAUGGGUCAACCCAACAACAACUUUACGCUUCCGUCGCACAUUACACUCCGUGCGGGAGUUCUGCAUGCUCCACCGUUUGCCAUGGUGGAAGAACUCUGGGAUGGGAGUCUCCGUUUUGGUGGCUUCCAGCCCGAUCUGCUGCAACGGCUGUCCGUCUUUGCCCAACAAGACGACAAUGUCACACUCGAAUUCCAACUCUCAAGAUCACCUCCGCAGUACGGCGCCGCACUCGAUUUGAUUGCCCGCGAUUGCAAUUCUACGCAUAUCAAUGAAAACACGCUGGAAGACUGUCGCAAGUUCGAUCUCAUUGUCGGCGACUAUUACUGCAACCCCGCUCGAUCGUUGCGGAUCGACUUUACACCGAGUUGGUUGCGGACCACCAUGAGUACCGUCAAGUUCUUGGGCGACAAACAGGGCAAAACAGACUAUACCACGCUGACACAGGCAUCCAACGAUGGCCAAACCGUCUGCGUCCCGGACGGGACCUAUCUCAUGGGAGUCGUCAUGGAAAAGUUUCCACAAGCGCAGUACUACAAGUGUCCGUCGCCGGAAGAUUGUCUGCAGGCACUCAAAGACAACGCGUGUGUAUUGUACGCCGACGAUGAACUCUUGCUGCGCUAUCGGGCAUCGCUCGCCACCGAUUUGGAAGUCACGCGAGAAACAUUCAAUACACAAUAUUUGGUAUGGCCCAUGCGAUUUGAUCUCCAUCCCAUGGUGGCCUUGUACAUGAAAAAGUGGAUGUACGCCGCCGUCAGCAAUGCCACCUUGGAUGCCCUCUAUCAUCACUAUUUUCAAAAAGAACUUUGUCCAGUCGGCACAGCCGGAGAGAAUUGCGAAUUGCCCUGCGAUCCCAAUCACGGGAGUGCCAAUGCCCGGGGUGUUUGUGUCUGCGAAUCCAACAAAUGGACCGGUGUCGAUUGCAGUCUGGAAGUGCCCGAAAAUACCAACAUGAUCCCACCCACACUGAAAUGGAUUGCCUACACCAUGCUGGGCAUUAAUCUUGCCGUCAUGGUACUGUGUGCCAUUUGGUUGUUUUGGCAAAAGGACAGUACGCAAGUGCGCAUCAGUCAACCCUUCUUUUUGGCAUUGGUGCUCGUCGGAUGCGCCGUGUCGAGUAGCACUAUUCUGGCCAUGGCGCAAGAAGACGAUGGACAGGGAUCUGUGCCGGCAUGCAUGGCGAUUCCUUGGUUGUACUCGGUCGGAUUCAGUAUUACAUUUGGUACUCUGUUUGCCAAGAUUCGACGUGUUUAUGGCAUUUUCAAGUCGGCGGCCACCCCCGGAACCGCUCGGAAAAUAUCCGUCACCUUUCAGGAAACCAUUGCGGUCAUUGGCCUGGUGCUGUUGGUCGAUGUCUUUGUGCUCAUUGUAUGGACUCUACUGUCACCCCUCGAGUGGACACGAACUGUCAUUAGUGCCGACCAGUUUGGGGCACCGUUGGAAAGCGAAGGAUAUUGCCACAGCGAAGAUUGGUUGAUCUUUGGUGGGAUCAUUGCCGCACUGCACUUGGCAUUGAUGGGGACGGCGUGCUACCUCUGCUAUGUGGCCAGAAAUAUCCCUUCCAAGUUUUCGGAAUCCAAGUAUUUGAGUAUUGCCAUGAUUUCCAAUCUUCAGAUUUUCGUUGUGGGAGUGCCCAUCCUCGUCAUCAUUGGGAGCAAUCCUCAGACAUCUUUUUUUGUCCGGUCUGUGAUCAUCUGGAUGAACGAUCUUGCAGUGGUGCUAUUGAUAUUUGGCAAUCUCAUAUACAACGCCCAUUUCCACUUGGAAGCAGCAGAACCCGAAGCUGUCAAAGCCGCAAUCGGACAAGCCAUUCAGAGUUUCUCCACCACUCGCGAAAGUCGACGAAUCUCUCGACUGAGCUCACAAUUCACAUCCACAACAGCCUAUUCCCCGGGAGUCAACAGCAGCUUCCAAGGGAGUGGCCAGGUCUCCAUGAAUGGAUCUGCACACCUUUUCACCAACAACCAGCCAACACAAAUAUUGCAACAAAGCGACCGAGAAAAAGAUCCAAAGAGACGAAGUACUAAUAAGAACUCUUCGAUCUCUUCGGCAAAGGAGAUCACGUUGACCAAGAGCGAGUUGGAGGAGAGCAACUCUUCGUCUCUGCGGCGUGGGGAACCCCAACGACGGCUGCAAGAUUCACGCCAUUCUGACUCUGGUCAAAACACUCCCUUGUCACGGUCCUUCUUGAAUUCUUCCGUCAGUACACAGAUGCAUUCGAACAUUCCUGAAAUCUAUCAUGGCAGAGCUGCCGUAGCCAACUUGAGCCGAACGAGCCAACACAGCUUACCCGACACAAACUCGGUCAAUUCGUGGGCGAACGCGAACCUGUCUUCGAACUUGGCAAGUGUGUCACGGGCUUCCACUCACUCUCGUCCGCCAUCUGCGACUCCCGAGUGUGACGAAGAAGAUGAAGACGAGGACGAGGAGGAAAGGACGACAAACUACAUUCCUGGCUUGUCUGCAAAGCCGCCGUUUGACAAACCUGUAGAUGUCAUGGGCGGAGACCGUGAGUCGUGGGGUGGAAUCAACGUGUCCAACCUUUCAUCGAGUCCUGACGACAACGAGGAUGCAGACGAGGAACAGGGAGGAGCUUCUGGAAGGAUGCAUGACGAAUCAAAGAAAUCCAUGAAGGAUGAAUCAAAGAAGUCCAUGAAGGAUGAAUCUCGACAAUCUAUGCUUUCUACAGUGUCGACGCGAUCCAGAUUACCUCCAUCAAGCUUACCGCAAGUGGACAAUGAUCAUCUUUCCUAUGCUGCAGCUCGGAUUCGAAAUAUUAGAGGCGUUCAAGAACAGGCAGUGAAAGCACGCGAAGGGUCUCUGCAGGAUAGCAGUUACUCCACACACGGCACAUCUACGGACGAUACUGGAAAUGAGAGCUUUCAUGACGAAAGCGACAACAUGAACGGCGAUCGUCAUCGUCUUCCUCCGCAGCUUCUGACAAACAGCGAAACCGAGGCACCUUACCUCCAAGGCAAAACUCGUCCUCUGCGGCACCCGACAGAAGGAGAAGGCAGUCCACUUCCAAGAGACGUCGGUCCUCUCGCGGCGGACAACAGUACUCGCCACAUGUAG